AUGGCCAACCUUGGACCUGGAAAACAAGUGAUGGAACACAGUGCUCUCCUUUUCUUGGAGAAUUGGAAGGCUACAGGAUUCAAGCCGAAGUCACGAUCCCAAAUGCCCACGCCUCGAGGCAAGCUAGAAGCGGAUUAUACCGGUGCCCAACCGGAGGUGGCCCCGCACCUGCUACCCCCCCCCUCCCCUGGCGCUGGAGGCGGAGCGCUGGCUCUCACCUCCCUGGAGUCCGGCCAAGCGGACUCCCAGCCCCGCCCGCCCACUCGCUCCCCCGGUGAGGGUUGGCGGGCGGGGGCUGCCUGGCACUGUGGAAUAAGCCUGGGCACUGGGGCGGGUCUGGAGAAACGAAGCGCGUUCCCAACGCGGAGUAGGAGCAGAGAGCGAGCUCCACGCAGCCCGCCCAGCACCUCCGCAAUCUCCUUGCAGCCCGCAGCCGCAGCGCCCCGCACAGCUCCCAGGCGCGGGGUCCCACCCCCACCCCGGGCCCGGCACGAGAGGUGCAACCAGCACUCAGGCCGCAGCUCGGCGCGCGCUGGGAGAAAGCGGAGGGCAACGGCGAGCUGGGCCCGCUGCCAGCGCUCUCCCCGACCCCCCGCUCCCUGGGUCGGGAGGCGGCGGGACCCACCUGGCGGAGCGGCGGCGGCAUCACCUGCGGGGCGCGGCGGCGCGGCUGGCCCGGGGCGCGCGGGGCUGGCGGGGGCGCGGCGCGGCGCCCUGGACCCUGCUCCCGCGGCCCCUCCCGCGGCUGCCAGCCGGACGCGCGGCGGAGGAGCCGGGGCACCGGCGGGGGCGACGGCGGCAGCGGCGGCGGGAGCAGCAGCACAUGACUCUGUAACGAGGGGAAUUAGACAAAGCGUAACAUGGACUCCGGGGCCGGUGCUGGCGCUGCAGCCUCGGGACCAACCGCAGCCGGCGAGCGCCGCGACUGGCCCGGCCGCAACCAAUGGAGCUGCCUGCGGCCCCCAUGUGAUUGCGAGCGAGCUCUGCCCGGCCGGCCCCUCCCCACUCUCCGGGGCCCUCCGCCGGGGCCGCGGUGCUCCGGGCCCCGCUCGCGCCGCCACGCAGGACGCACACGCCCCGGGGGCGCGCGGGGAGAGCGGCGGUUGCGAGCUGUCCUUGCUUGGCAGCAGGUGCAGCCAGGCCUGGAGCCCGGGCUCCGUGCGUCCUCCUUAUGUGCCUACCUGGGCCGGGGCCUUACAAUGAACCGGCCCCGACCCAAGGCAGAGGCGCCGGGGGGCUCUGGGGUUAGGGGCACCCCCAGAUGUAACCAAUAAACUGCUGUACGUGCAGGGCAGGGGUAGGACAGACGGGCAGGGAGGACAGUUACGCAAGUCCCAUCCCCCCAGCGGAGAAUGCCCAUCUGCUUAGUCUGGGCGCAGCAUUAAUCUGACCGUCCGCAUUGUCCUUACCUCUUUUGUUUGGUUCGUCUUCUAGGGUUCGGGGCGCUUCUCUGGAAUGUCUCCCUUUCCCCUUUUUUGUGGUGGAGAAGUGAAAAGGAGAGAGGGGGAUUUGUUGCAAGCUUGCCUAAGAAGUCAGCAGGAGGAGCAAAGAAAACUAGCACCCAUAAAGGAAAGUCCAAAGCCCUGUUGGAUAUCCUUGAAGUUGUGACUUUGGGAGAACUGGAUUGUCUGCCAGUCUGGGGAAACCCUGAAGGCCUUCUCCUCAGUUGUGGCAAAUGUGGUUCAGAGCUGCCUUUCUCAAGGCUUUGAACUUGCCUGACCAAAAAUGCCAAGAGACAACUGCUCCUGGGUCUGAGAGUUGGAAUAAAGCAAUGCCUGAGGACACUUGCUGGGGGCAGCCAGGAACUGCAAGAGAAAGCAUGUCUGGCAGCACCCUUCCCACCCCCACCACCACUAAGAAAGGGAUCAUCUUUAUAUUAGGGACUGGAAUAGAUUGGUAGCUUAUGGGCAUCUGUGGGAGGAAUGAACUUGUAUGGGUGUUAAAUUCUUAAUUGUAAAUAACACACUAGUUUGAGAAUCCUGCCAGCCUGAGUUGAUUGAAAGUUUUUCAUUGUGGUCAAGCAAUCCCAGCUAUUACUUUGUCCAUCCUAAUUUAAGCCUUAAGAUGUAUGGAGAGCACAUCUUUGAAAAUAAAGCUUUUUGGAUUUGGGUUUUUUAAAUCAGUAAAAAUAAAGUUUGCAAAUUGACAGCUACAA